AUGAUUAUUCUCUCCUUUAAUGUUAGGGGUUUAUGGGGUAAUAUUAAGAACAGAAAGGUGAGGGAGCUGGUUAGGGAUUUCUAUCUUGAUUUCAUAGUUAUUCAAGAGGUUCAGUUAAGUCAGGUAAGGAGUCAUUGCAUCAUAUUCUAUUGGGGAGUUCUUUCUGCAACUGGAUCUUUUGUCCAUAUAAGGGUGUUAGUGGGGGCUUGUUUUCUAUUUGGUGAAAUGUGA